UGUUCUGGGAAAGUCACACACAUACAGCACGGUCGCCAUAUUUGCUUGAAUUUACUAAGUUACAUUGGAGGGAAAAAUAACAACAUUACGCCGUUUUGUUUGUAAAUAUCACGCUUGGUUUUUUUUUUAAUUAUUCGUAAAAAUAAGCCUUGCAGGAAAGAAGAGGCUGCAGGGGUUUAUUUUGUCUUUGUCGCUGCAGUUUAUCGACGGUUUAGUUGUAGUUUAGCGAGCGCAGGAAUGGGGCGCUCGAGGAGCCGCAGCUCGUCCCGGUCAAAGCACUCGAAAGGCGGCAGCAAGCACAGCAAAAAGCGCAGCAGCCGCUCCAGGUCUCGGUCUCGAGACUGCGAGAGGAGCAAGAAACGCUCCCGGUCCCGGGAAGCGAAGAGGAACCGGCGGCGAGAGUCCCGCUCCAGGUCCAGGUCGAACAGGGAGCGGGCCAGGGGAACGUCGCCGGUGGAUAGAGUGGACAUGUUCGGCCGCACGCUGAGUAAACGCACCGCUGCCGAGGAGAAACAGAGGAAGGAGGAGGAGGAGAAGAAAGCUGAGAUGGAGAGACAGAGAAAGAUCCGUCAGCAGGAAAUCGAGGAGCGUCUGAUUGAGGAAGAGACGGCGCGAAGAGUGGAGGAGCUGGUGGCACGGCGCGUGGAAGAGGAACUGGAGAAGCGGCGUGACGAGAUCGAACGCGAGGUGCUGCGGCGUGUCGAGGAGGCCAAACGCAUCAUGGAGGCACAGCUUCUUCAGGAGCUCGAGAGACAGAGGCAGGCCGAGUUGAGCGCACAGAAAGCCCGCGAGGAGGAAGAAAAAUCCAAACGGGAGGAACUGGAAAAAAUUUUGGAAGAGAACAACAGAAAGAUUGCUGAAGCUCAGGCUAAGCUGGCUGAGGAUCAGCUGCGCAUAGUGGAGGAGCAGCGAAAGAUCCAUGAGGAGCGAAUGAAGCUGGAGCAGGAGAGGCAGAGACAGCAGAAGGAAGAGCAGAAGAUCAUCCUGGGGAAGGGCAAGUCCCGACCUCGUCUCUCUUUCACGCUGAAAGCCACAGACUGAUCGUGCACUCCAACCCUCCUUUUGGUUCCUUCUCUCUCUCUUCUCUCUUUUUUUUUCCCCUCUUCUUCUUUCUGGAAGAUAACUUCAUGUUGAAGCGAAUCUCUACACUUUUUUUCAAAGAGAGGUUAUUCCUGCCCUCUGUGUCUCUCUCUCCUCUGGAUUCGAACAAUCUUCAAACCCCUAGUUGGGGAAGCAUUUCGCAAAUUCUCUCUGACUCAAGGCUGGACUUCGCUGCCACCUCUACAGACUCUGUUUUAGCAGCUUUUAUGUUUUGCCAGUGAUGUGUAUAGGAUGCUUCCUUUUUCCUCAUGUGGGAAUAUUCAUUUUGUUUUUACUGGAUUGCAAAUUGUGUGCGUGUGUGUGUGUGUGUGUGUGUGCGUGCGCGCGCACGUGUGUGUGUGUGGUCCCUUGAUUUUGAAGAUUCAAGCACAGGCUCCUGUCUCCAGCUUGAAGCCAUCCACUUGUAUAAUGAGGGUAAAAAUGGUGUGAGGGUGAUUUCAACUGUAACAUGGCAGAUGUAUAUGUAAUGUAAGGUGAUUUUUUUUUUUUUUUUUUUUAAUUUUUAUUUAUUUUUUUUUUUGUGAACACCAUAAACCAUGGCGAGAUUCUGAAUGACUGUUAAUUGCAAUGUGUCAUGUUUGUUUUGACUUAAAAAAAAAAAAAAAAUGUGCAUUUGCUAAUGUAUGAAUCUGACAAAACCGUAGAGGAGCUGUGCACCGACUGUGCUGAUUCUUAUUCGUUUAACAGUUCAUGUAUGGGUUACACAAAUGUCUACUUUCUGUUCGUACAAGGAAAUCGGGAGAUGCAGGUAAGAUCGGUUAGGGUGUGUGUGUGUGUGUGUGCGCGCGCAUGUGUAUGUGUGUGUGUCUGUAUGUUAGGAGCUAGCUUAUCAUAUUGUGGACAAUUUUCCCUGUCUUAUUCAUUAAUAAAUUCUGCAAAUAGGCCACCUUGUCAGAUUCACCUGUCGUCUUCUCUUUCUGUUUGGACGUUUUAAAUAAAAACACAAAAGGUUGGAAUUAA